UCGUGCACAACUAUUUAUUUUUAUAUUAUUGCUUUCGGAAAAUUGUUAUUUUCAUGGUGAAAUCGAUUAAGAUUGCUUGAAGUUCUCCGUAUAUAUCACGAUAGCAUGACACCCGUUCCGGCGAGUUUUGAACGAGCCCGUCGCGAAUAUCGACCUUGUAUACGUGAUUGCUGUAGUGUGCGUGUGCUCGAAAAUUCGUGUUCGUCGCGGCCACGGCUCGAGCUAACAGGCAGAGAGCGCAGUAGUUGACUAGAGCCGCCAUUAUGGCUUUCCGUAACCACGCUCUAGAAGCAAGAUUAGAAAAUUGUUUUUCCCUGUUUGUGACUGAGUGCGAGAGCGCAGUGACUAUCGGAAUGAACUAGGAAACGUUCCGGGUCGUGUUACCGGGUCCCGGUGGACCUCCUAGCGGACCUUGGAAGUAGAUUUUUCGCGUGUUUUUUUUUUCUUCCGUUCGGUUUUCUUGGUUUGGGUCCCCGUUUUUUGCACGCAUCCAGUUCGAUUGGUAGUGUGAGAGUGGGAGGAGGGAAGAAAGAGAAAGAAGCAGAGGUGACAGUCAACAAAAAGGCGUUUUACGAGCACGUAACCAUUGGAGCGAGCGAGAUAGAAGUGAAGCAAAAAAAAAAUGUCGAAGCUUUCGUUUCGGGCGAGGGCCCUAGAUCCCUCGAAACCGAUGCCUAUAUAUCUGGCUGAGGAGCUGCCGGAUCUUCCGGAAUACUCGGCCAUCAACCGGGCCGUGCCGCAGAUGCCCAGCGGAAUGGAAAAAGAGGAAGAAUCGGAGCAUCACCUACAGCGAGCAAUAUGCACCGGACUAAUCAUUCCCACGCCGGAGGUGUUCGAGGCGACCGAUUCGGAGUUUUACGAAAGGUACUACCCGCAGGACUACAAAAUGCCGAAACAGAUGAUCCACAUGCAGCCGCUCAACCUGGAACAGGACGUACCCGAUUACGACAUGGACAGCGGGGACGAACAGUGGGUCAACACGCAGGGCAAACGGCUGGAUCUGGAUCCGCUGAGGUUCGAGACGAUGAUGGACCGGUUGGAGCGAAGCUCCGGUCAGACUGUCGUUACGCUGAACGAAGCCAAAGCAUUGCUGAAGCAAGACGAUGAGGUCAGCAUCGCCGUGUACGACUACUGGCUGAACAAGCGGCUCAAAAUGCAACACCCACUGAUACUAUCGGUGAAAACGGAAACUAGGGGCAAUACGACCCCGAACAAUCCGUACUUGGCAUUCCGGAGGCGAACUGAAAAGAUGCAAACCAGAAAGAACCGCAAGAAUGACGAGUCCUCGUAUGAGAAGAUGCUCAAACUGAGGCGAGACCUUAGCCGAGCGGUAACCUUGCUGGAGAUGAUCAAGCGACGGGAAAAGAUGAAGCGGGAGCAGCUGCACCUUAGCAUUGAGAUAUACGAGAAGCGUUAUCAGACACAGGACUUUAACGGGCAGUUACUGGCCGAGUACACUACCACUGCAACGAAGGCCACAAGGCCUGCGUUUGCGCCGAUUUACUCGAAUCAAUUUUCGUCGCAUCAUUCCGUGCUGGCUGGUUCCGGCUCGGGUGUUGCCAGUGGGUCCGGUGCAGGAGCGUACGGUAGUGGAUCAUCCUCCCACUACCAUGUGGGUACCAGCUCUAGCAAGCGGGACGCCGACACACUGGGCGGAGGUCGGAAAGAAAAGCGCCAGUAUAAGAAGCGGAAACAUAAAAUACCGAAGGAAAGAGCAUCGGCCAGUAGUACGACGGUGGCAGGCAGCUCCGGGAUCGGUUUGGGUCAUGCAGGAGCGGGAUCGGCGGGUUACCACUAUCAAUAUCAUCCGGCGGGUGCUGGAGCGGGUGAAACUGCCAUGCAGAAAGCGGAAGGCAUUGUCGGUAGUGGAUUAGGCAGUGGUACUGCAGUCGAUCCUACCUUAUCCUCGGAUGACGAGGAGCUUGCAAACCUGCAAGGAAACAGCGCCCCGGAAGAGGAGUACGUGUACGCAUUUCGACGGAGCAAGUUUAGUCAUUACCAUAGGCCUAUUACGAAUGGUUUCGGCAAUUGGCCGUGGGAACCGAAGGAGGAAAAUGGUACGGCUGAUCCUAGGUAUCGGUACACGCUCACGUCUCUAAGGCAUCCUAGACCCCGCUGCAUCGGUUUUGCCCGGCGACGCAUCGGUCGCGGUGGUCGCGUCAUUAUCGACCGUGCCACCACCGACCUGGACGACCUGUGGUCGAAGCUAGACUACAAGAUCAUCGAAUCGGAAACAAAACCGGCGGGAGUGUCAUCGGCAGCAUCAGCGGCAGAACUGGAAGAGGAAAGUAUUGUCGUACCGGUGGUCGUACCUGCCACGGUACGGGCGCCAACGACGGCGGCGUCAGCGGUGAUGGUUGACAGGAAACGAAACGAAAGCAGUUCGGUGUACAGUGGUGACAUAAAGCGAAGAAAACAACUAGUGAUCAAGGAAGAAACGGACCUGAACGAACUGUUUAUGACCGGCGUGGGGCUGGUCCGAAGAAGUGGAAGUCCAAUGGAUACGGACGGUAUCGGUAGGCUCGUUGGGGACGUGGUGGAAGUGAAACAGGAAAAGUUCAGUGAUGAGAGGACAUCAGCGACGGGAACGACGACGGCUUCGUCGACGUUUGUAAUUAGUAGUAAUAAUAGUAGCAGUUGUAGUACUAGUGGUAAUGUGAAUAACUCAGAAAAUAAUGUGAUAAAAAGUGAAGCUGAUGGUAGUGGUGUGGAAGUGAAGCAGGAGGUCCUGGAAGAUUAUGAGCACAUGAUAGACAAUGUAAAUAAUAACUAUAGGAACCGGAUUAGUAACAAUAGCAACAGCAACAGCAGCAACAACAGCAACAGCAGUCGGCCAGUCAAUGGUAACGGCAGUAGUACUAACGUCAAUAGUAGGAACAAUUUUAUCCAAUCGUUUAGUAAUAGUAUUAGCAGUAGUGGACAGAGUCGAGGGCUGUCGCAGUAUCAAAACAGGCAGUCAUCAGCAGGGUAUCUCCUGCAUUCGACGUCCGGAGUGGUAUCCAGUGGGUCGCUGCAAUCUUCUAAUAGUCGAUUGAACGACGAGCUUGGCUUGGAUAGCACAUCGGAGCCCAGUAAAGCCAUUGCCAGUGUAUAUACGGAUCUGUUGAAUGAAAUUCAAUCCAGUUGGCUUCACUUCCGGCCGAAGACUCCGGAACCACUGCCACUGGAGGAUGAUCUGCUGCAGGACGAUCCGUUGUUCCAAACGGAUGCAAAUCGAAUAGCACUGGAGUUGCAAGCUCUCGGUGCCGAAUUACCGGCUGACAUCUUCAACCACCAGACGGAUUCGGUGUACCGAACGAAACCGUUCGCUCUGGACAGUCUUGUCGAACCACAUCCGCUGGGUUUGGAUGGGAUAAGUGCUGCAGGUCGAAAGGAAGGUGACGAUUUGGGCAUCAAGUUGGAAACUUGUUCCAAUUCGGAUAACAAUCUCAGUGGGGACAGUUUGAAUGAUCUGAACCUUAGCUUGAAUGAGUCCAACGAGGAUGAAAAAAUGCUGGACAAAAUUCUGCAAGAGUGCCAAAUUGACGAUAUGAAAUCGUUGAACCAGACAAGCAAUUUUUGGAAUGGAAUCCUGGAAGAUGGGAUACUCAAUCAGUUGGAGGGUGCUGAUGAGACCGGUGCUGGCACUGGUGCCGACGUCAAAGAGGAUCAUCUCACGGCGAAUGAUUUGAUCGGUAUUCCUGCUUCCGAGGAAGUAUCAGUGAAUAAAAUUGGUUACUGUUCGGAACUGGUGGGCUUCGAUCGGGCCUCGACGGUUGAACGCUUCAAAAGCAAACGACGGAAGAUACUGAAACGAUGCAACUACCAAGUAGGCAGCAGUUUCUUUGCUUUGCAUAAUCCGCCUAAAGAGGAAAUCUUUCGACCGUUAUCCAGCGUUGAAGAAAAUGUUCCUCCUGCUGGCGAGAAAGUCGACCCAGUAUCCGCAGCAACACCACUAGAGUCAGAAGUGAAAACGGAAGAAGUAAGUGAACCCGUAUCUGCCACCAUUCCCGCCGAUCAGAUUAAAAUCGAACCUCCCGAUGAAUUGCUAGCAGCAUCCUCGCCAUCCUCCUCGUUGCAAUCAGCACCACCUCACCUUCAAACUACUACGGCCGUACUGCCCGCUGGAAGUGGGUAUCAUCAAAAUCUUACCGCCCAGCACAUCAAGCUGGAACCAAUCAAUCACCUGCAAGCGGCAUCUCCAGCAAUUCAAUCGCAAAGCCCUGCUGCUGCUACAUCAUUCCUAAUUACAUCCCCCUCGGUACAAGUGGUCCAACAGUCAUCCCCUGCUGGAACCGUGCUUAAUCCUUUAGUGGCCACAGCUCAAACAACCGUCCCAGCAGUUGCUCAACAUCAGCAGCAGCAGCAGCAACAGCAACAGUCCACCGCUCAAAUCACGAUAGCAACGGGUACGAGUGGGAGUGCGAGCAGUAGCGGCACCUCGACUCCAACUGGCAGCUACAUCGUUCAGCAUACCACACCGAUCGUACUGUCGCAGCAGCAAAUGCAGCAGAUUGCAAACAGCGGCGGCAACAUCCUCACCGUCAGUGGUAACCAGGUGGUCACAACAAAGCAACAGCUAGGAGGUCAGCAACAACAUCCGCAGCACCAGCAGAUACAGCUUCAGCAUGCGCAUUCCCAUCAGGGUGAGACGUAUGUGCUGACGGCGACUCCGGCCGGAGCAUCGUCGCUCAAGAAGCAGAUCAACGGACCGAAUGAUAAAACAGUUAAACAAAACGUCAUCAACCCGAAGUUCCAUACGCUUAUAAACCAGAAACUGGCCGCUGGCCAGAAGGCUGGUGAUCUCAACAAAAAACAGCUGGAGAUGAUCACGAAGGCUCUCGUUUCGUCGCAGAAGAUGAUUGUGAAAUCGGCAACUUCGGUGAACCAUGCGGGCGCCCAGAUAGUGCAGCAGCAACAGCAGCAGCAUCAACAGCAAGGUAACGUGGUAACCAGUACGUACAACGUGAUCCAUCAGAACUCGCUGCAGCAACCGAUCACGAUCCUUUCGGCGACCAGCCAGAAUCCUCAGCAGCCAACGCAGAACAAAAUCAUUCUGACAUCAUCGCCCCAGCUGAUACAGCAAGCGGCUGGACAAUUGAUGGCAGCUGCUGCCCACGGGAAAAUUGCAAUCAAUUCCAACUUGGUAGCUGCUGGUCAGCAGGUCCAGCAGCAUGCUCAAUUCCAAACAGAUGCCACCGGUCAAGGGCAGCCGGGAGUGAUCACGACCGGUCAACCGGGUCAGCACGUAAAGCUGGAGAAAACCGUCAACAUGUUGUUUGAUGCCGACAAGAAUCGGAUAGUGUAUACAAACAUUAAAAACAGUCGCGGCCAAUUUCUGGCCCAGAUCAAUCCAAAAGUUGUGAAUAUUAUUCAACCGAUUCAGCAGCAAAAGCUGGUCAACAAUGUCGGCACCAUGCAGCAACAUCAGACGCAACAGCACACAACGACGGUUCAGAGUUUGCUGGGAGGAUCACCUACAACAACAAUUGUAAAUAGUAAAGGCUUUCAGCGAAUACCAGCGAUGAGUAUUCGCGCUCAGCAGUUGCAACAGCAGCAGCAGCAUCAACAGUUACAGCAACAGCAACAACAUGAUUCGCAUGGUACGACUACGGUUGCACUCGCUACCAACAACGCAACCAAUAGUAUCAAGUUCAUUCAAGUAACACCGGCGACGGCGGCCGCUGCUGCUGCGGCUGCUGCUGCUGCUGCUUCUGCCGCUAACGAUAGUUCCGCAGCAACGGCUUCGGUCAGUGGCGGCGGUAGCAGUACGGUUGCCACUGCUGCCACCAUGGUUGUUGCAUCUUCCUCCUCCUCCUCCUCGUCGAGCACCGGCGGACCCGGCGGAACGGUGGGCAGUGCGAGCUCCGCUGCGACCGCUACCCCACCCACCAGUAUAAACAUUACCAACAGGUAAACUUGUCAGUGUUGUGUAAGCAAAGAGAAAAUACGAAAAUGAAGCAAAAAACACGAAGAACAAAACAAAAAAAAACCUAAUUCCAAAUUAUCUCAUACUGUUGUAAUCCGAAGUGGAACGAGAGAAAGAGAGAGAGAGAGCGAAAGAUUGUCUCGCACCUUUCGAUUGGUUCUGUUUCCUUCAGUCGUGUCCUACUAAUAGUGAUUGUUAGUUGGCAUUCUUUUUCGUAAAAAAACGGCAAAAAUAAAAACUAUCAGCAGGAAGUGUUUUGAGCAAGAGUUGUUAGAGUGAAGGGUUUAUACGUACUCAUAAGGAUUUUCCUUCCAUUAUCUUUCGAUAGUGAGACAUUUACUAGAUAAAGCAGCCGCAGCAGUAGGAACAGAAAGUGAUCCACAUUGAAUCUUGUAUAUGAUAAUAAGUUUCACUUACAUCUUUCACUUAAACGAUUAAAAGUAAUCAAAGAUUUUGAAGGAAGAGGAAACCAUAUAGGGAGGGUUAGAGUAUACACUUAAGCUGCGUAGCAUCGAAAUACUACUGUUUAGUUUUACAUUGCGACUUCAAUGGUUCGUAGUCUAUACGCUCGGAUUUUUGCUGUUUCAUUGGAUUUUUCGGCAUUCGAAGAAGAGUGAUUUUGUGUUCUUGAUGCUUCUUGCAAACGGCUUGUUUUUUUUUUAUUUUGGACAAGUAUUUUUGGGAGUCGGUACUAUACUGAAGAUGCCCUUUUUUGUGUGUGUUUUUGCUGUGGCAGUUGAGCGAAACGACAUGGGAAAUUCUUACAAAACCCGUUCUGAAUUAGAAUUACGCUGUUCGAUUUCUGUUAAAUCAUGGUAACGUAAAGGUAAUUUUUCCUAAAAUUUGGUUCUUUCUAACGACAAUGAACGUUGAAAAAUUAUGAAAGUUUCCAUUAUUAAAGUUACGCAGAAUAUAAGCAAUUGGAAUAAAGCUUCCAACAAAAGCGAUUUACAACAUAUUUUGAACUAUUAUCGAAGGUUAUGAUUUGAACCUAAGAAAUUUGAUUCCUGGAAUAUCCUGGUUAAAAGCUAUGUUGAGAUCUUCACUUUUUGCUGUUGAAAGUGAAUUGAAGUUAAUAUCGUUAACUGAACAACUCGAAUUCAACUACAAUCGAACUGUUUAAUUUAUAGUUUCAAUACAAAUGUCAACAUAUGACGUUAAUAAUUUUCCAACUGAGCACACUGUAAACGCGUCCAUCGUUCACAGUGAACUUUUGUUCGUUCUCACCCGAGAACUGUAUUACCCAAGUAAGUGUCAGUUCUUCAACUUUUAAAAAGUAUAAAACAUUGUCACUCGACCGGAUACGUCUCACGUUUAUUCUUCGUAUCUGAUUCAGCGCGGACAUUUUCGCCGCCCCGUUAAGUAUUCUCUUGUCAUGCUGAGGGAAAUUUACAACACACUUACAACGUAAUCUUACUCUAACUAGGGCCAUGAACACAACUACGGGAGGAGUUGAGAAAAAUAAAGGAAGGAGUGGCAAAGCUUUUCAUUCUGCAUUCAGCAGCCUGUUCGCGAAAUAAAGAAAGAAAGAAAAAACAGUGUAAGCAACUUUACGCUAGUUAUUCUAGUUACUCCUUGUAAAAAAUAGUUAAUAGAUAAUCUCUGGCACGAAAUGUGGCGAGAAUGCGAGUGCGCUGUGUUAGAAAGCUCUUUCUCCUUUCGGACGCUCAUAACGGUAUAUUAAAAAAAAAUAAUAAAAAACGCUUAUAGCUCUCUUUUUAGCAGAGAGGGGGGAAUGGUGAGGGUGGUGCUUUCUGGUAGGUUUUACGAUAACCGAUAAGAGUGUGGAAAGAAAGACAGUCCUUGCCGCCUUCUCGAACAAUGAGAGAGAAAAGACAAUUGUUUUAAAUUGUUCUUAUGUGAUUUAAAUGAAGAAAAAAAAGCUAACUUCUUUUCAACUUUCUUCGGUUCAGUCAGUUGAAGAGAUAAUAUUUCAUCAAGUGAUGGCAUGCAAGCGACUGUGUGUUUGUAUUUGAAUGCGAGUGAACAUUUGCGUGUUAAAUUUGUAUCUCUGUAUGUGUAAAAAGUUCAAACUAGUUGAAGCUAAAUGUUUUGUGAUUGAUAUCGAAAACCGAAACACGAAGCGCGAAAUCAAACACUUGCAAAA